GCAGCGGAGCUUCUGCCGGGGAUUACAAAGAGGGAAAAACGCGCCUUGGAGAGAAAAUAUUACCAGCGGGAUUAAAAAGAAAACCACCCGAGGAUGAGACACACACUGUUCGCCUGAAGGACACUCAAAAACACGCCGUUAUUCCGCUGAAUUAUCACCGUUUUUUACGAAAAUGGCGAACGACUCCCCGGCCAAAAGUCUGGUGGAUAUAGACCUGGCAUCCCUGAGGGAUCCUGCUGGCAUUUUCGAGCUGGUGGAAGUGGUCGGAAAUGGCACCUAUGGACAAGUCUACAAGGGUCGACAUGUCAAGACGGGACAACUGGCAGCCAUCAAAGUCAUGGAUGUCACAGAGGAUGAAGAGGAGGAAAUUAAGCUGGAAAUCAACAUGCUGAAGAAGUACUCCCACCACAGAAACAUCGCCACCUAUUAUGGAGCCUUCAUCAAGAAAAGUCCACCGGGCCAUGACGACCAGCUAUGGCUGGUGAUGGAGUUCUGUGGCGCCGGGUCCAUCACAGAUCUGGUGAAGAACACCAAAGGCAACACACUGAAGGAGGACUGGAUCGCCUACAUCUCCCGAGAGAUCCUCAGGGGUUUAGCUCACCUGCAUGCUCAUCACGUCAUCCACCGUGACAUCAAGGGACAAAACGUGCUGCUGACUGAAAACGCUGAAGUCAAACUGGUUGAUUUUGGUGUAAGUGCCCAGCUGGACCGGACAGUAGGGCGAAGGAACACCUUUAUCGGGACGCCAUAUUGGAUGGCUCCUGAGGUCAUCGCUUGUGAUGAAAACCCUGAUGCUACCUACGACUACAGGAGUGAUCUGUGGUCCUGUGGAAUCACGGCCAUAGAGAUGGCCGAGGGAGCCCCCCCUCUGUGUGACAUGCAUCCAAUGAGAGCCCUCUUCCUCAUUCCCAGAAACCCUCCUCCUCGACUCAAGUCCAAAAAAUGGUCAAAGAAGUUCUUCAGCUUCAUAGAGGGCUGCCUGGUGAAGAAUUACACUCAGCGUCCUCCCACGGAGCAGCUGCUGAAACAUCCCUUCAUCAGGGACCAGCCCAACGAGAGGCAGGUCCGCAUCCAGCUCAAAGACCACAUCGACCGGACCAAGAAGAAGAGGGGCGAGAAGGACGAGACAGAGUAUGAAUACAGUGGCAGUGAAGAGGAGGAGGAAGAGGCAUCUGAGCAAGAAGGAGAGCCAAGCUCCAUAGUCAACGUGCCGGGUGAGUCGACAUUGCGCCGUGACUUCAUCCGGCUGCAGCAGGAGAACAAGGAGCGCUCGGAGGCGCUGCGUCGCCAGCAGCUCCUCCAGGAGCAGCAGCUCCGUGAGCAGGAGGAGUACAAGCGCCAACUACUGGCCGAGAGGCAGAAACGUAUCGAGCAGCAGAAGGAGCAAAGACGACGGCUGGAGGAGCAACAACGGCGUGAGCGCGAGAUGAGGAGGCAGCAGGAGCGCGAGCAGCGCCGACGUGAGCAGGAGGAGAAGAGACGCAUCGAGGAGAUGGAGCGGCGCCGCAAAGAGGAGGAAGAGCGCAGGAGGGCCGAGGAGGAAAAGAGGAGGGCCGACCGAGAACAGGAGUACAUCCGUCGUCAGCUGGAGGAGGAGCAGAGGCACCUGGAGAUCCUGCAGCAGCAGCUGCUCCAUGAACAGGCCAUGCUGCUGGAGUAUAAAUGGCGGGAGCUUGAGGAGCAGCGCCAAGCCCAGAAGCUCCAGAGACAGCUGCAGCAGGAGCAGGCCUACCUGCUGUCCCUCCAGCAAAACCAGAUCCUGGAGAGUAGCAAAACAGCCCAGCAACAGAGCACCAAACCCCCACAGACUCUCGAACAGGACAGGAUAAAGCCCCCGCUGAGCCCUGAACCGGAUCCGACAAAACAACCACAGACCGCUGACUUUGAAAAGACAAGGUCCAGUCAAAAUCACAGUCUGGAGAAAACUACAGAACCCAAGCUACCUGUCGCUGACCUCCAAGGCCCCGCCCCUAACUCUGAGCCAAUCAGAGAGGCUGAUGAGCGAUACCGGAAGAACAUCCAGGGUUCUCCUCAGUCAGCUCAGACCAAAUCACAGCAGCCUCCGGUUCCGCCACGCUCCGAGUCUUCCUACCCCAAUGGGAACUCGGCGUCCGAGGCGCCCGCCAUGCACCGGCCUGUGGAACCACAGGUCCGUUCCCAUCUGGCUGCUUUAAAGAGCAGUGGCAGCGUGGCCUCGUCAAACUCCACCGCUACCACGCCGCCCCUAGUGUCGCGGUCACACUCCUUCAGCGAGCCGCUUGCAUCUAGCUUUGAAAAUCUCCACCUUCGCAACAGCCAGGAACCCCACCAACACCAUCACCCUCCAUCUUCAUCACCAUCCUCCUCAUCAUCAACGCCUGCACGCACUGACCCACAACCCCACCCCCAGUUUAGGCCCUCACCCAAUGAGCUGGCCUCUUCAGCGGAGGUCCCGCCCAGGGUUCCCGUCAGGACUACAUCAAGGUCCCCGGUGUUGUCAAGGCGAGACUCACCUCAUCACCAUGGCAACACCUCACACAGCAGCCAUGCCGUGCAACGCAACCCUGCCAGUGCGGCAGAGCCUCGGCUGCUGUGGGAGCGAGUGGAGAAACUGGUUCCCAGACCAACCAGUAACAGUGGCAGCGGAGGCUCCAGCUCCUCCAGCAGCUCCAGUAACUCCAGCUCUCAGCCCGGUUCUCACUGCGGCUCUGGAGAGAGGUUCAGGGCCCGCUCCUCUUCCAAAUCAGAGGGUUCGCCCCUCCAACGGCCAGAGAAUGCUGGGAAAAAACCAGAGGAGAGGAGGGACUUGGUCAGGCCGAGCAGACCAGCGGACCUGACAGCCCUGGCCAAGGAGCUGCGAGCAGUGGAUGAUGUUCGCCCCCCGAAUAAGGUGACAGAUUAUUCAUCCUCCAGUGAAGAAUCAGACACCACUGAUGAAGAUGACGAUGAGGAGGUAGAUCAGGAGGCGGGUGAAGAGUCAACCUCUGGCCCGGAGGACUCCAGAGCUGUUUCCUCAAGGCUGAGUAACGGAGAGACGGAGUCAGUGAAGACCAUGAUCGUUCACGAUGAAGGCGAGAGCGAUGCAGGCUCAACGCCCUGCAAAGACAGCACGCUGAUCGUCAGACAGAGUGCAGGUGACAACAGAAAGCGUCCGGGCCCCGGCCCGGGCCAAGCCCAGCCCCCCGGCCUGCUCGCAGGCUUCGCCCCAAGUCCGGGCUCUGGCCCGGGCCUCGUCCACCUCACCCCCAGCCCCCACCAUCAUCAUCAUCACCACCACCACCAUCACCCCACACAGCAUUCGGACAGGAACGGCUUUGCCGGCCGCAUCCACCACCUCCCAGACCUGAUCCAGCAGAGCCACCAUUCCUCCCCUUCCUCCACCGCAUCCAACUCCCCCUCCUCCUCCAGCCUUGCCAGCCCCUCCUCCAUGUCCCCCCAGAGUCCCCUGGACAAGCUCGGCAUCCUCACAGAGAGCCAGUCUAGUAACAACAUGCAGAAGCACAAGUCUUCUUCUUCCUUCACUCCAUUCAUCGACCCUCGCCUCCUCCAAGUCUCUCCAUCCACCGGCAGCGCCCUCAACAACGUCGGCUACGGGAACGACGCCCGGCUGGCCGAGGCGCUGAGGGCCGACCCGUCUCGGAAGGGCUCUGUGGUCAACGUUAACCCCGUGAACACUCGCCCGCAGAGCGACACACCGGAGAUCCGCAAAUACAAGAAGAGGUUCAACUCUGAGAUCCUGUGUGCUGCACUCUGGGGAGUGAACCUGUUGGUAGGAACAGAGAGUGGUCUGAUGCUGUUGGAUCGCAGCGGUCAGGGGAAAGUUUACCCUCUGAUCAACCGACGGCGGUUCCAGCAGAUGGACGUCCUGGAGGGACUCAAUGUCCUCGUCACUAUAUCAGGUAAGAAGAACAAGCUCCGUGUCUACUACCUGUCCUGGCUGAGGAACAAGAUCCUGCACAAUGACCCUGAGGUGGAGAAGAAACAGGGUUGGACCACCGUAGGAGACCUGGAGGGCUGCGUCCACUACAAAGUCGUGAAAUAUGAGAGGAUCAAGUUCUUGGUUCUGGCUCUGAAGAACUCUGUGGAGGUCUACGCCUGGGCACCCAAGCCCUACCACAAGUUCAUGGCCUUCAAGUCUUUUGGUGACCUGGUGCACAAGCCCCUGCUGGUCGACCUCACCGUGGAGGAAGGUCAGAGGUUAAAGGUCAUCUACGGCUCGUGUUCUGGCUUCCACGCUGUGGACGUCGACUCUGGCGCUGUCUACGACAUCUACCUACCAACACACAUCCAGACCAGCAUCCAGUCUCACGCCAUCAUCAUUCUGCCCAACACUGAUGGCAUCGAGCUGCUGGUGUGCUACGAGGACGAGGGUGUUUACGUCAACACUUACGGACGCAUCACCAAGGAUGUGGUGCUGCAGUGGGGGGAGAUGCCAACCUCAGUGGCCUACAUUCGUUCCAACCAGAUCAUGGGCUGGGGGGAGAAGGCCAUAGAGAUCCGCUCAGUGGAGACCGGCCAUCUGGACGGCGUCUUCAUGCACAAGAGAGCCCAGAGACUCAAGUUCCUCUGUGAAAGAAAUGACAAGGUGUUCUUCGCCUCCGUUCGGUCCGGAGGCUCCAGCCAGGUCUACUUCAUGACUCUGGGCCGAAGCAACCUGCUCAGCUGGUAGAGGUCCACACUCUGCCCUCUUCCUCCUCCUUCUCCUCAUCCUCCUCAUUGUCCUCCACCCUCACUAACACUGGAUCUCAGAACCCGCCGUCGAUGUCUUGUCAGCACUCGGACAACCAAAAGAGAACAAAAACAAGAACCAACCAGCCCUCCGAAGCAGUCGACAACAAUGACUCCGCCUUUCCUCUGCAGCCGCAGCCUCGCUGCAUCGCCGCCCGGGGCCACCCGGGGCCGCCUGCAACGCAACCGGUCAAGUCACGCAGUCGUCGUCCGCUGAACGUGACGACUCGCACACAAAAUGGUUAAAUGAUUCAAAUUAGUAUAUGACAGGAAGUUGAGAUAAAUUAAAUGUGAAUUUAAGAAGAGGGGGCAAACGACUUUUUGUUUCCCUCUCCGUUUUCUUGGAGCUCAUCAGAUUGCGAUGUGAUGGAUUUUGUACCUCUGCAUUAUUUCUGCUCCUGGGCUGGUCAGUAAGCUUGAGGUCUUCUAACUACUCGUACUGCUACCACUAUAAUUACUUCUACUGCUACUACCUUCUGCAGGUCAGCCUCCUGUAAGAGAGUUCCCCUUCUGCCCCGCGUUCAUGCCCUCCGCCCUUUCUGACAAGCGUUUCAUGGGGCCGCUGGGGGGGGGGGCUGUUGUAUUAAUGCUACAGUAGUGUGUGUAAAUGUACUUCUGUUUGGUCCAGUUACUGCUGACAUGCUGGUUAGAGGUCGAGACUGUCAGCCAGGGGUAAACUGAAGAACCCCGGAGCCAGCGGGGCUCGUCAUGGCGACAAGCAGGCGGGAGGGGCCUAACGUUUGAGGUUCUACUGUAAGUCUGAUUGAUGGGACUCGACAGGAGGUGUGUAUGUGUGUCGUUGAAGUGUUGUGUUGUUCGGACAGGUGCUUUAAAAGAGGGGACGACAGAGAGAGAAAGAUGUUGAAGCAGAUGGAUUUCAGAAUAGUAUUUUUUGAAUUAUUAUUACUAUUAUUAUUAUUAUUCCUUGAAGAUAAGUGUAACUAUGUGGAGUAAAACAUGUCUUUUACCUUGUUUUUAAAGAUUUACUCACAUCCAACCACAGUCUGCUGUUUGCUUGCUUUACUCUGAACCCACAGAAGUGCAAGGUGUGUUUGUCUGAGAAGAAAGUGAUGUGGGUGUGGUCCAAAAGUAAAAUAAAGGUGUCUAUGUACAAUAAAAGUUCAUUCAGAUCAGUGGUCAAUGUCUUUGCCCCACUGGUCGACAUGACGACCUAAACUAAUACCUGGUAGAGCGAUCGGCCAGUGUCCCUCACCUCGAGAAACUUGAACUGCUGUGAAUAGUCAGAUUUAACAUGGGGACAGUGGAGGGGGGCCGGUGUGUGUAUGUGCUGGUGCGGUCGGGGAGUCGAGUGGAUUUUCGUGGCAGAGAGGUAAACGCAUGGUCAGCAGGUUUGUUUCAGCAGAGGAGGUUUUUCUGGGAGGCGGUUUUCUAUCUUCCGUUCGUUCCUUCAGAUCAUUUUUUCAUUUGUAUCAUUUGUAUGAAUGCAGUGCACUAAGUGUCAAGAAUGUAGAAAGACAUAUUACUGUGUGGUGGUCCAAGGCAUGAGAUGAUGUUUUUGCUUUGUAUCUUGUCACAAGUGAUCAAUCCUAGAUGUUCAAUUUCGAGUUGAGGCGAUUGAAAGCUGCAGCAGCGGAGCCUCUACGUCAGGUGUAGAUAUUUGCCGGGUAUGUGUGUGUGUGUGUGUGUGUGUGUGUGUGUGUUGGGGGGGGGGGGUGAAUUCACCAGAGCUGAGGAGGGUUUUCUGGCAUCCUGCGAGUUCUGCUGGCGUACGUCAGGCACUCUUUCCCAUCAAAGGACAUUAACCUUAUCAAUUCAACACUCAGACUCUGAAUUUCAGUGUUACUGUGAUGAAGUGUCACGAAACGGGCAACACGGAGCAGAACUUUUCCUCACUCAGCUGUCUGUGAAGAAACCGAAGACAUAAACCCUCUUUUAUGGGAAGGAAUUGUUUUCUCUACUUUGUGCCCCCCCACUUCCUGCUCCAGCUGUUAUUUAAGUUGUCUGUAUAUGUGAAAGACUGAGCAGCAAACUGCAGCAUCGACACCCUUCGGGCCGGCAGCUGCCGAGCUGGAUUUUCCUCCGUUUCCACAGCGACUCUGAGAGAUUGCACAUUGUUCAGUGAAAAAAGCGGCAAAGGAGAGUCCAACGUGUGCUUUGUUUCAUGUCCGAACAGGUCCUCGCCAGGUCACACACAGGUUUAACUUGGGUGCGUUUUUUUCCCCCUGACGAUUACAAUCACACACACGAGCAGUGUUUUGAUGUGGGGAAGUGUUACUGCCAGUCACUCAGUAACAGUUUCUGUAACGAACUGUUUCCUCCUCCCGUACAGAAAAGCCGUUUGGACCCCAAUGCUGUGUCGUCUGAGGUCUGUGUGUGCAGUAGUACCCGGUGUGUGUCUCUUAUUGCAUCAAGGCCUUGAUGAGUGGCUGUAUUGACUUCAUGAAAACAUAGUGGUUAUUAUUGAUAUUCUUCAUGGGCUAAAAAAGGAUGCGAUAUAGUCUAUAUCUGGUGAGAAAAAGCAGUCGCUUGCCGACUCACAUUGGAAAAAGUGCCAAGAGGGCAGCAUUUAAAACGUGUAAACCUAUUGUAAUGAAAACCACUACUUGGAAAUCCUUUUAAAAAAGUCACUUGAAGCAUUGUGUAUUCUUAAGUUUUAGCGUAGUCGAGAAGCUUAACAAUAGUUUCUGUUGUUUCUGUAAGUCUAUGUACACGUAAAUAUGCGACUGCGGUGGUUUAAUAUUAUUAUGCUCACCUUAGGUGGAGAAAAUGUUUACAGAGGCAAUGUUUUGUUACACUAAUGUGCAUCACGGUAUUUAUGUUUAAUGCAUAUGCGUCUUUAAUUGUUUGUUUUUGCUUUUUGAGCCCGGUUUUUAUUGGAUAUUUUCUUUUCUUUUUUUUUUGGGGUCAUCUCCCUCUACCCCACAACAUAACCUACUUACAAAACAAUAAGGAACACAUAUGUUGUUCAUUUCAGGUAUUCGCAUAGCGCUGCUUAAACGUGGAAACAUUGCAGUUACGUUCCCUGCAGGCUUGGACGUGAGGCGACGUGUCUUUCCUCUGCUGUUUCUGCCAUGCUACUCUAACUUAUGUCCUCUCUGUGUAUGACAGGAAGUCAUGUAUUUUCCUGAAGGUUUUUUUUUCUUUGAAUAAACUUUAAAAGUAAUU